AACUCCUACUUUGUACCUACCACAACCACCUAGCAGUUUCCUGAUUACAUUAGCAAGGGAGUUUCCUAUUUAUCUGUCUCUCUGUCUCUGUUGUUUCUGUUAAUAGCAACUGCCAGUUGGAGUUGAACUUGUCUGUGCCUUAGUCUCUGAUUGUGGCCUAGAUAAAGGAAUACGUUAUGGGAGAGGAGGGGCCAAAGAAAGUUGAGUACUCGGCUCCGGCGGAAGAGAAAGAUGUAGCUCAAGAGAAGAGCUUGAUCCCAGUUCCUGAAGAAGUAACUCCAGCACCGGAAAAAAGUUCUGGGAGUUCAAUUGAUAGAGAUGCUGUGCUUGCACAACUUGCAACGGAGAAGAGAAAUGCAUUAGUGAAAGCAUGGGAAGAAAAUGAAAAGGCAAAAGUUGAUAACAAGGUAUAUAAGAAGACAUGUGACAUAGGAUCACGAGAGAAUUGCAAGAUAGCAUAUGUUGAGGCAGAUUUGAAGAAGAUUGAGGAAAAGUUGGAAAAGAAGAAAUCAGAAUAUACAGAAAAAAAGAAAAACAAAAUGGCUGAAAUCCACAGGGAAGCAGAGGAAAAGAGAGCUAUGGUAGAAGCCAAGAAAGGAGAACAAUAUCACAAAAUAGAGGAGAGAGCAGAAAAAUUCCGUGCAACUGGAUAUACAACUAAGAAGUUUCUUGGAUGCUUCAGCUGCUAAGAUCCUUCACCGAAAAUUCCAAGAAGGGGAAAAUGGUUUUUCAGUGUUUCCAUUUGUCUUGUGGGCUAUUCCUAUUCUGAUGUUCAUAUACAGCAUUUUAUUGUUUUAUUUUGUGAAACUAUUCUACUGUUGAUAUUUCAUAAAACUAUCUAUCUGUAUAUAUGGGAGACUCAUUUACAUGAGAAACCAAGUUUGAUAUCAGUUGUUUUAUUAAUAAAGUUUCCUCUUAGUA